UUAAGAGGUAACAAAUUGCAAUGUAACUGUGGUGUAAAAUGGUUACGACUCAUGAUAGAUAGAUCAUCCAGUAUUUUACAGACUACUAAUAUCAAAUGUAUAGAAACGUCAACUGGUCAGACAGUAUCAUUAACAUCUGUCAAAUUCGAUGACUGCUAUAUUCCGGAAGUCGAGAUAGAGAAGGACAAAUAUACAGUGAAUGAAGGUGAUGAUUUGACAGUUGAGUGUAAAGUAUAUGGUGCACCACUACCAGCUGCUAGCUGGAACACCACGGAACUUCAGUCCAUGUCGUCAUUUAAUAAUACAGCUAAUGGUGCUCUGUUAAAAAUAUUAGAUAUUUCUGUUGAAGAUCAUGGGGAUCCAAUUCCUUGUAGCGGUGAAAAUAUUGUGGCCGAAGUUUCCAAAAGCUUCGUGUUACUUGUCAAUCAUGCUCCAGUAAUAAAGAGGUUAGAACAUAUUUCUGACUGUUUUGAUCACAGGUGUUUACUAUUUGAGGCACAUGGAUGGCCUGAACCCCAGAUUCAAUGGUUACAUAAUGGUAAUCCGGUAAAGACAAGACAGCAGAUAAGGAGCGAUAUUAGUAAAGAAGAUUAUGGAGUUAUUAAAGGAAUGCUUAAAUUCAAGAUGUUUAAUCCAACACAAUUUGGCCUGUACACAUUAGUGGUAUCAAAUAAAUACGGAUCCACUAAACAAGACUUUCAAAUGUAUUAUUUUAUAUUUACAGACAAAUCUACUAUAUAUAAUAAAGAUGAUUUAUCUGGUCUAACAUUUGAUCCUAAAGCCCAUAUUCGACAGACGGGUCGGACUGGUAAGACAGGGCAUACGCAGGUACAGGAACCUGAUGAUGAUAUUAACAUAGUAUGGCCUAUAGCAAUCGGAAUAUCAGUUGUGAUAAUAACAAUGGUAAUAGCAGUUGUAAUAUUCAUUAAACGCAGUAAACGCAACAGUUCAGCAUCCUCUACGAGAGGCCACACCUUUAAACGUAAUGGUAUAGUACCACGAGAAGCAGUACCAUUAAAUUCAAUCAUGGUAGAGAAUCCCAACUAUACCAAAAAGUCUUCCAGAAAUCGUACUGACUCAGCAGCAAUAAGAAAUAUAGACCUUAAAAACAUUACCUUUAUAAGAAGCUUAGGUGAAGGAGCGUUCGGUCGAGUGUACCUAGCAACAUGCUAUGGUUUAUUAGCAGAAGAUGAUGUGACAAUGGUGGCCAUCAAAAUGUUAAAAAAUGCCAGCAUUGAGUCAAUAAAAAAGGAUUUUGAAAGAGAAGCUGAAUUGUUGACCAAUCUACAACAUCAUCACAUUGUCAAAUUUUAUGGUGUCAGUGUUGAUGGUGAUGAAAUGCUGAUGAUAUUUGAGUAUAUGAUGAAUGGUGAUCUCAAUAAUUAUAUUCGGUGCCACGGGCCAGAUGCUUCUAUUAUUUCGUCUAACAGGUCCAAUGACUCAUCUGGUGAGGAAAUACUGAUGCCAGCGCAACUCUUACAUAUAUCAAAUCAAAUAGCUAUGGGGAUGGAAUAUCUUGCUUCACAACAUUUUGUACACAGAGAUUUAGCAACUAGAAAUUGUUUAGUUGGUGAGAAGUUGUUAGUGAAGAUCGGAGAUUUUGGAAUGUCGAGAGAUAUUUAUAGUACAGAUUAUUAUCGGGUCGGUGGAACCGCCAUGUUGCCUAUCAGAUGGAUGCCUCCAGAAAGCAUGUUGUAUCGAACAUUUACCAUAGAAUCCGAUGUAUGGAGUUUUGGUGUUGUAUUAUGGGAAAUAUUCACAUAUGGUAAACAACCAUGGUAUGAACUAUCAAACAUGGAGGUUAUUCAAUAUAUAAAGAACGGCCAUAUUUUAGAAAGACCACGUGAUUGUCCAGAGGAAGUGUAUAAAGUGAUGUUAUGUUGUUGGAAAACUCAGCCACACGAUCGAAUGCCAAUGAAAGAGAUACACAGACAUUUAGACAGUUUAUGCCUCUCACAACCAAAUUAUAUUGAUGUCAUUGCUUAA